CAUUUCCACAGCUUCCGGGUCUUUAUAGCUGAAGGGUCACGGAAUAUGGCGGACCGUUAGCUUCACUUAGCUGGUGCACUUUAGCUCACGUAGAGUUGUAUAAGUCUUCCAGAUCAAAUAGAAUUCAUUUGCAUACAGCUUGGGGACCGCAGCUACACCCACCACACUCCCACUUUCUCUACAGAAUGGCUUCAUUUGGCUGGAAGAGGAAAGUUGGUGAGAAGGUUUCAAAGUCAGUGGUGCAGCACUUUGAGGCUGAGGCGGAGAAGGCUGAUGGUGAUGGACAUAGUCAGGAUGAGGACUUGGACUGGGUGCACGCCAUCAAACGACGGCGGGAGAUCCUGCUGGAGGACUGUACAGCCAAGAGCAAGAGACUGAAGGAUGAGGGUGCACACCUGGCUGAGCAAGGCAGGCACUGGGAGGCUGUUAAAAAGUGGGACGAGGCCAUUCAGCUGACUCCAGACAACCCAGUUCUGUAUGAGAUGAAGUCCCAGGUACUGACCAUUCUGCACGAAGUGUUCCCCGCCGUGAAGGCAGCGGAGAUGGCAGUGAAGCUCCACCCCCUUUGGUGGGAGGGCUGGCAGACUCUGGGCCGUGCGCAGCUCAACCUGGGAGAGGUGGACCUGGCCGUGCGGUCCUUCCAGGUUGCGAUCCACCUGUGCCCUUCGGAGCCCAGCCUGUGGCAGGAAGACCUGGCGUGGGCUUGCCGGUUACAGAAGCAGCACAUAGCAACCAAGGAGAAGAUACGGCAAGAGGAGGAGGCCAAGGAGCAGAUCCUUCAUGCUCCUGAACUCGAGCAGGACUAUGAUUUUGAGUCUGACGAGGUGUUGGCCGCCUGUGAGGCCGUUGCUGAACGACAGACGCGCUACGAGGAGCUGAAGAGGGCCGCUGUGGUCAUCGACGCUGGCGGAAAUAUAACAAAUGUAGUCACUGGGGAAAGGGGAUCAGAGGACACCGCGACAACAUCAAAAGAACAGUUUGUCAAAGCAAGAGCACUUUGAACUGGUCUUAGCAUGGAUUGAUUAUCCUGGUUACAUUUUUUAGGACUGAAGGGUAUUAUUUCUGAAACCACUGGGAGUGUGUGAAUCUUAGGCAUGAAAAAUUUUAUUCAGACGCCACCACGAGAACUGACAACUGUUAGUGACGGCUUAUGUACAACAAAAUAAAGACAAGUUUUGUUGUUCUA